CCAUACCUUACUUUCAUUCCUAUUAUUUCUCCAAUCUCUGUGUUUUUUGCUCAAUGAUUGCACCUGUAGCAAGCCGUGUCAAUUGAACCUUGGUAAUGUCGCUCUCCGCAUCGUCGAGGGAAAUGCUGUUUCUAUCGCGGCAAUUGGGACGCCAAUGCGCUCGCUCAACGUCACUCCGGCCCCGCAACCGCCCCGUCCUGUCCUGUUCCGUAGCAACGACAACGAAACGAGCCGUCGCUACCUUCAACGCGCCGCACCACGCCGGGGCCAUAUCUGUCAUCAAGAGCAAUGUCGACCCCAGCUCGGACGAGUACAAAGAGAAUGAGCGCCUCAUGGGCGAGGCCAUGGCACGGCUUGAGGAGCUGACCAAGACGGUGCAGCAAGGAGGCCCCGCAAAGGCCAGGGAGAAGCAUCUCGCCCGCAAGAAGAUGCUGCCCCGAGACCGCGUGACGGCCCUGAUCGACCCGGGCACCACGUUCCUCGAGCUGUCGCCGCUGGCCGGCCACGAACUGUACCCGGAAGCCGAGGUGCCCGCGGGCGGUAUAAUCACGGGCGUUGGUGUUGUCGAGGGCGUUACCUGCAUGAUCGUAGCGAACGACAGCACUGUCAAGGGAGGAACGUACUAUCCGAUCACGGUGAAGAAGCACCUCCGGGCACAGGCUAUUGCGCAAGAAAACAAGCUCCCAUGCAUCUACCUCGUGGACUCGGGCGGCGCAAACCUGCCGCACCAGUCCGACGUAUUCCCGGACCGCGAUCACUUUGGCCGCAUCUUCUUCAACCAAGCCCGCAUGUCAGCGGCAGGAAUACCCCAGAUCUCGGUCGUCAUGGGCCCCUGCACAGCAGGCGGAGCCUACGUCCCAGCCAUGAGCGACGAGAGCAUCAUUGUGCAGGAGCAGGGCCACAUCUUCCUCGCCGGUCCACCCCUCGUCAAGGCCGCCACUGGCGAGGUGGUCAGCCCGGAGGAUCUCGGCGGCGGCAAGAUGCACUCGUCCGUCUCAGGGGUAACCGACUACCUCGCGGUAGACGACGCGCACGCCAUCGUGCUCGCGCGGCGGUGCAUCAGCAAUUUAAACUGGCCAUCCGCCGCCACUUCCUCCUCCUCUUCAUCAUCACCAUCCUCAGAUACCUUCCAGGAGCCUCUGUACCCCGCAUCCGAACUCCUCGGCAUCGCCUCCACCAACCUGCGCAAGCCGCUGCCCAUCCACGAGGUGAUAGCCCGCAUCGUAGACGGCUCCGCCUUCGCCGAGUUCAAGCGGGACUACGGAACAACGCUUGUGACGGGCUUUGCGAGCAUCUACGGGCAGCGGGUUGGGAUCGUGGCCAACAACGGGGUGCUGCUGAGCAGCUCGGCACUUAAAGGCGCCCACUUCAUCGAACUGUGCGCACAACGCGGGGUCCCGCUCGUCUUCCUGCAGAAUAUCAGCGGCUUCAUGGUCGGCCGCGACGCCGAGCGCGAGGGGAUCGCCAAGAACGGCGCAAAACUGGUCACGGCCGUCGCCUGCGCCGACGUGCCCAAGUUCACAGUCGUCGUCGGCGGCAGCUACGGCGCGGGCAACUACGGCAUGUGCGGCCGUGCUUACGGGCCGAGGUUUCUUUGGAUGUGGCCCAAUGCUAGGAUUGGUGUCAUGGGCGGCGAGCAGCUUGCUAGUGUCAUGGAGACGGUCGGGCAAAAGGUGGAUGUAGGGCUGAAGGAGAGGAUUGAGAGGGAGAGUGAUGCUGUGUUUUCUUCGGCGAGGUUAUGGGAUGAUGGUGUUAUUCCCCCGGCACAUACACGGAGAUAUCUCGGGCUGGGAUUGCAGGCGGCGUUGGGCGGCCGGAAUGCGGUUAACCCUGGGGAGACAAAGUUUGGCGUUUUCAGGAUGUAAAUGAGCGUUUCAGGUCCUUGGAGGUUUGUAAAGGUUGGGAUGGUGGACAGCCUAAUUUUGUCUUUAGUAUGCAGGUUAGCGAGGUAUAGGGGUUUCUUAACUUCAUAUGUGAUCGGUUGUCGUGCUGUCCGAUAUGUGGUGUUUGCCUAGCUCAAGAC